AGAAAAAGAAAUCCUACAUCAUGAGGAGGAACACGAGGCAUUUUACUCCCUGUUUGUUGCUUUGGCAACCAACACACUUUGCUCUGUUUCUGGGUCUUUAUCCAAGGCAAGUUUGCCUCAAGUGAGUGCAGCAUGUAAAGUGCUGCUGUCAUUUCUUUUGAGCCGGCUGGAGACCCCAAACAGAGCCUGUACUGUUACCCCGAAAUACUUGAUGAUUUUGAUCAGCGGCUUGUGUCGUGGUGGUCAGUGCUUGUCCAGAUCUGAUGUGGUCACCUUCACUUGUUUGUUCAAACCAACAGAGUUACCAGUUGGAUCGGCUGACCCUGACAAAGAGUCACUUGGCCAGGAAAAAGAAAAGACUAAGGAGAAGAAAGUCUCCAGAUUGGACACACAGACUGACCUGUUUGACCAGAUGACCUCUGUGUUUGCUGAAGCAUCACCAGCAGUGGCCGCAGCCCCAAAGAUUGAAGUUGUGAGUGAGGUGCCAGAAAGAGAUGCCAAGACUCCAGUGUCUGUUGUGUCUCAAGUGACAGAAUCUCUGGAGGACUCUGCCACACUCUUUGCUCAGAAAAACACAGAAGCACUGUUGAGCAUGAAUGGUGCUGACGUACUACUGCAUGCAUGCACACAGCUGACGUUUUUGGGCAAGUAUAUGCAGAGGUACAGAGAAGCCCUCGCUGGCACUGCCUUUUGUCUUGCCUGGCACCUUGUCACAGGCUUGACAAUGAGAAAUGGCUAUCAGUUUCUGCUGACUGAAAUAUCAGAUGUGUGGAGGGCAUUCUCUCUGCCAAUCAUUGAACCUUUAACUCAGUCACGGCUGAAAACCAUUGUUGAAGUCACCCUGGGCUGUUUGUUUGCUGCCAUCUCUGUGGCGACUGCUGACACAGUGGUGAAUGCUGUCAAACCAUCUGGACCUUCACAGACCACAGGAGCCAAAGAGGAGGAGAUGGACAGUCAGGGACAGAGCAUUGUUCAGAAGUCG